GUACAAUCCUGCAAAAUGAUCCACAUGGACAGAUCCUUACACCCGCAUAGACUCAUUCCAUCCACAUGAAACAGCUUGCAAUCAAGAUGUUACUAGACACAGAGACAAGGAAAGCCAGCAUCCUAGCCUCACUCCAGGCUCUGGGGGAGGAUUCUGCAAAUGGGAGAAAAAGGAGGAAUCACAGAAGAAAGCUCAUCUCUGGUCCGAGUCCUACUAUGUGUGGCUGCCUUCUCCCAGGGAAACUUCUGCAUGGAUCCAGAUUCACUGAUAGAAUCUUCCAAAGGGGAAAUCUCACAGGACCACUGGCUCUGGAAAGGGUGAGACUGACAAAAGCAAAGCUGGGGAAAAAGUUCCGAAUUCCUAAAGGCAAAGGAGACACCAGAUGGGCACUUUCCCAAUCGCUGCAGGAGGUCAUGUCCUCUGCCCAGGAAGACCAGGUAUGCUUUCAGCCAAAUCUUCUCUUCAGAUUUCAGAAAGCUGCUAAAAGCAUUGUUAUGCUUUGCUUACUUUACAGAGAGCACCACCUACUAGCCAACCUCAACUAUGGGAUUGAGAGAGUCAAGAGAUGGAAAUCCCAAUCAAACUACAUGGAACAGUCUAAGGAAGAGAUCCUCUUUGAUGUGACACUGUUCAGGGCUAAAAAACAGUCAAGGAUCUCUGAGCGUGCCAUACAUAUUCUUCGUCAGUGUCCUCAGGAGCGAAGUGAGAAGGACAUCAGCUACAUAUUAAUCACCCUGCAGCCUGUGAAGGCCUUUGGAAAUUACUCCACAAUGAUUCAGAAGAAGGUGGCAAAGGCUGGAUGGUAUUCAAGGGAAUCUGUCCUUUCUAGGUAUGAAUCCUGCCAAGUGAUGAUCCAACAGGGCUACACACCACACUCCUUCUAUAUCUGUCUCUCAGGAUCUGCAACAGUUAUCAAGAGGAACAAUGACAGUGGCCAAGUAAAGCCUGCCUGGUUCUUUAGUUGAGGGGAUGCAUUUGGGGAUAGAGAGAUUAUAAAUGGUGACUACUGGCAGACAACUGUUAUUAUUCAGGAACCAGCUGAGUUUCUCUGUAUUGACCGAGAG